GCAUAACUAAGCCUUUCGCUUUACUACGGCUUAAACGUCGUCGUUUAGCAUCGGAGUUCCCUUUCUAAACAAUACAAACGUCAGACCGACAACGACGGAAGUCAGAGUCCAUCAUUCAUCAUAGAAUGCAAUCCUCUUUCCAAGAGAUGCCAUAACAUAUACCUAUUACCUCGGUAGGUAGCAAUCAUGAGGGCAGGAAUACUUUCAAAAUCAUCUCUUCAAAGAGCUUUACGUUCUACACCUCACCGAUCUCGUUCAUCUGGCUUCCAGAACACCGCUAUACGAUUCGCGAGCAGCAUAUCGCAGCGUCCUGGAGCAUCACAUGUCUCUUUUCCCGGCGCCGUCAAGAGUGUUUUCACAAGCGAUCUUAAAUUUGCUCUCCCUUCCGAUCAUCCUGCCCUCCCGACGUACCGAGUAGUUGAUCAAGAUGGCAACAUUGUUGAUAGUUCAUUUAAGCCGGAUCUUAGCAAUGAGGAGGUCGUAAAAUUGUAUAAGGAUAUGUUGACUGUCUCCAUAAUGGACCCUGUUAUGUUUGAUGCCCAACGACAGGGCCGUAUAAGCUUUUAUAUGGUAUCGGCUGGCGAGGAAGCCAUUAGUGUUGGAUCUGCCUCAGCGUUGAACCGAGAAGAUGUAGUGUUUUGUCAAUAUCGCGAACAGGGAAUAUUUGCACAGCGUGGUUUUACAUUGAAGGAUUUCACGGACCAACUAUUUGCGAAUAAACAUGACCGGGGGAAGGGGAGAAACAUGCCCGUGCAUUACGGUAGCAAAGAGCUAAACAUACAUACAAUCUCAUCCCCCUUAGCGACACAGAUCCCACACGCCUCGGGCGCCGCGUAUGCCCUCAAAAUGCAGCGCAUCAACGAUCCAUCCUUACCUCCCCGUGUGGUUGCCGUGUACUUCGGCGAAGGAGCUGCAAGUGAAGGUGAUUUCCAUGCCGCAUUGAACAUUGCUGCUACACGGUCCUGUCCAGUCAUCUUUAUAUGCCGAAAUAAUGGUUACUCAAUAUCAACACCGACUUUAGAACAGUAUCGGGGCGAUGGUAUUGCUAGUCGAGGAAUUGGCUACGGCAUUGACACCGUGAGAGUGGACGGAAAUGAUAUUUGGGCAGUCAGAGAAGUCACCAAGAAAGCUAAGGAGAUGGCUCUUCAGGAUGGAGGCAAGCCUGUCCUCAUAGAAGCGAUGAGUUACCGUGUUAGUCAUCAUAGCACAUCGGAUGACUCGUUUGCAUACCGAGCAAGGGUCGAGGUGGAAGACUGGAAGCGCAGGGAUAAUCCUAUUGCGAGACUGCGGAAAUACAUGGAAGCAAACGGAUUCUGGGACGAGUCUAAGGAGAAAGACGCCCGAGAGAGCAUCAGGCGAGCUGUGCUAAAGGCGUUCUCGGAGGCAGAGCGAGAGAAGAAGCCACCUAUCCGGACUAUGUUUGAGGACGUAUACGAGGACCUAACCCCUGAUUUGAAGGCCCAGAUGGAGCAACUAAGACAGCAUCUGGAGAAAUACCCGGACGAGUAUGAUGUGACCGAGUUCGAAGGCGGCAUUGAUAGCCUGAAAGCUCAGAAGCCUUAAUAUAUACCUACCUAGUUAGUCUUGCUGCCUUGAAGCACCAGCAUAGUCAAAGGAAGCUUUAACCCUUUUUCUAUGAACCUCAUUAUUCCGAUAUAUCCAAUAUCCAAAUACAUCUCUAGCGUUUUCAGUUAAAUCUUGUGUACACAUUCAGUAACCUUGAUACGAGAUAGGUAUCUGCCAUAAAGUCAAUAUAUACCUAGUGUCUGCCUGGUAUUUCUCCAUUAGCCGGCCUUCGUUAAAGAGCUAACGGCUUUCUUAGCUAUGCUUGUCAACGAAAAAGGAGAAUUUUAAAGAGUGUUUUUUAUUCUUGAUUUUUAUAGCCACUCUUAUAUGAUUACCUGCUAUGUAGGAGGAUGUGAUGUUUACUAAACCUACAUAUGUAC